AUGUCUGACACGCUGGGCUCAUUUGGCAUGCCAAGGAGGAUGUCUAUUCGAAAACCUUAUCAGCGUCGCCAGUCAAACACAUGGCGCGCAAUAGAGGAGUCAUGGGAAGAAGAUGUCGACUAUAUCUACGACAACGCUCUAGAAGCUGACUGUGACUUCGAAUGGGAUCGAGUAUCUGAUGACGGUGUUCGCUGUUGCGACACUCCUUCUGCUGAGCAAGCCAAUCGUCGCAACUCCAGAAUCACCUCCGCUGAUCGAGAGCGUUUCGCCUCUGACAAUUUCCGCUCAUCUUUGCUGGUUCCCAGCACAUCGAGUGUGCCAGAACUGGUUCCGACUUCUGCGAUAUCCACAUCCACCCUCAGCACUGGCCUGCCACCGACACCCUCAGGAUUCUUCCAUGCCAACCGUUUCAGCGGCGACACUGGCUUCAUGCUAAGCCCGUCCCUUCUUGUCCCGCAGGAAUACAAGGAUACACGAGAAGUCACAUAUGAGGACUUGCUUGACGAGUACGCUGCGUCCGACCGGCACUUUCCAAUGCUCGACGCCGGUCGAAGCACGACGAGCUCGGCGCGUAGCAGUCACGUCCGACUAAGUAGGCGAAGCUCUUAUGACAGCAGCCUCAUGUCCUCUUCUCAGAGCUGCGGUCUUUGGAGCUCCCCUGUGAGGCGCUCGGCAAGCUCUGCCGGCAGUGUCCCGGAGCUGAUUCCGUCCCGUCGUAGCCGCAAGUCGCUUGGCUUCAGUCUUGCAGCUGAUCAGUUUUCAGAGCAGAUUGCGUUCCUCAACGAAGACAAAGAGGACGAUGACAUUACGCCACCAGGGCGUACACUGGAAGGGCGAACAUUCUUCGCUUCAGACGACGAAGCGCCUCAAGAUGAGGAGCAAUCUCGCAGCUCCGUUGAGACCGAGCUCAGAGCCUCGCUUGAUUUGGCUCGACGUGGCUCACAGCGUGCCAAUCACUCUACUGUCGAAGAGGAGCUCAAGUCGUCGCUCGACCUUGCGCGCCAAGGGUCGCAACGUUCCACCCGUGCACCAGCGCGCCAGCACAAACCCGCCCUGUCUGAAGGUGCCGCCAAGCUCCUUUCCGUCUCUGCUCCGAAAGAGGAUCAACCAACCAAGCUACGUAACCGCGCAGCGACCACCGCGCAGUCUCGCUCCCCUAUGUUGUCUCUCUUCCCAACACCCCCACGCAACAUAUAA